CCCUAAAUGCUAUAAAACGGUUUUUUUAUUUCAAAUUAAUUUCCCAUUCAUUUUUAGAACUAGCAAUUUAGUACAAGAAUCUUAAGCUAUUUUUCUGCAGAGAAAAGAUAUACAUUUUAGUCUUUAUUGUAAUUUUGAGGAAGGAUCACAACACAUAUACAUUGUAAAAUGAGUGAAUUGAAAAGCGAAAUUGAUGAAAUGGAAAAGACUAACUAUUCAAUGAAUAGUAACAUCGAUCCAAAAAAUAAUGAGGAACUAAUAAUCUACGUGCAAAACUUACUCCAAAAUGUACAAGAUAAGUUCCAGUGCAUGAGUGAACAAAUCAUCGGAAGAAUAGAUGAAAUGGGAAAUCGAAUUGACGAUUUAGAGAAAAGUAUCAGUGAUUUAAUGCAGCAAGCUGGUGUAUCUGAGCAAAAUAUUGACAACGAUACCAGUGUUGGAAUCAACAGCAAUUACUUUUAAAUAAUUUUUGACCAUAAUCUUUUUUUAACUGUCCUGAAACCUAAUUUUAAAUACUUUUUCAUUCAUCCUCUUUCAUGUGUUUUGUUUGUUUUUUUUUUUUAUGUUUUCGUUUCCUUCGUUAUAAUUUCAAGGAAUCAAGGCUAAUUAUCAACAACAAGAUCAAAGCUGAAAGUGCAAAACGAUUAAUCGACAAUAUAUGCACAGUUAAAAUUAAUAAUCUUUAUUUAUAUAAAUAAUAAUUACUAAAAUUAAAAUUCUUCCUAUUCUGUAUUUUUAAGUUCAUGGAUGAUUCAAUAAAACAUAAAUCACUUUAUAUGUACAACAUUAAAAAGAGUUUAAUCCUUGUAUCUAGAAAAAUUACAAUAUUUGAUCAAUUGGGCCUAGUU